UCAGCGGACAAACAGAAUCUGUAACGGUCGGUUUUGAUCCCCCCUGUGUCUCAGUUAUCUGAUAAACUCUCUGAUGUUAACCUCUCCCGCUGUUUACCCACUAAUGGUUGCUUUAAUCCUGUUUCCUCCGUUAUCCUGCUCGGUUAACUCCGCCCGGCUGCUCGUGUUUGUCGGCUGACAGAAGUGAUCAAUCUUGUGAGUAACGGUUGAACAGCCUCACUCUAGGUUGGCUGUAUGUCACCUGUGAACGUUAAAGUGUUUUUAUGAGGGUUUAAUCCGCCGUGAACCGUCAGAAGAUGUCCCGGAGCGGCUGCAGCGGUUUCUCAUGGACGGUGGUUGUCCUGACUUGCCAGCACAAAGACAGCGUCUACGCUUUCCAGAGAGGUGAGGAUCAUCUGCCCUUCAUAGACGAUCUUCGGAAUUACAGUUUGAUUGUAGUUGCACCGAUCGGCCUGAGGGUGGUGCUCAUGGACAGGACGAAUGAGAAAAAAAAGACUCGUACUGUACAAAGACAGUUUUAUCAUACAAUAACAUGACAUUUUUUAACAUAAUAUAUGAUUACUUUUUUUUAACAUACUCUACUAUGACUUUUUUUGAUUACUAUACUAUAACAUUUUUAUCAUACUCUCCUAUGAUUUUUUUUUUUACAAACUAUACUAUGAGAUUUUUUUAUCAUACUAUACUAUGACAUAUUUAUCAUACAAAACAAUGACCUUUUUAACACACUAUAGUCUGACAUUUGUAACAUACCUUACUCUAAAAAAGUUUUAACUACACUAUGACAUUUUUUUACAAACUUAACUUUGUCUUUAUAACACUUUACUGGGACAUUUUCAUCAUACUUUACAAUGACAUUUUCAUUAUACUAUACUAUGAGGUUUUUUUAUCAUACUUUACUACGAUAUUUUUGACAUAUUAUGCUAAGAAAUUUUUAGCAUACUUAACAGAUUUUAAGAAUGCUUUCCUAUGACAUUUACUGUCAUAUUAACCAUGACUUUUUAUUAAACUAUACUAUGACAAUUUUAUCAUACUAUCCUAUGAUUCUUUCAAACAUACUAUACUGUGACAUUUUUAUCAUACUACACUAUAACAUUUUUAUCAUACUGUACUGUAAUGUUUUUAGGAUUCUUUACAGUUUUUUUAAUCAAAUUAUACUGUAAUUUUUUAUUAUACUAUACUAUGACUUAUUUUAACCUACUUUACUAUGAGGUUUUUAUCAAAGUAUAGUAUUUUUUUAUUAUGAUACUAUACUUUGAUAUUUUUUAUCAUACUAUACAAUGAUUUUAUUAAAACAUUUUUUUCAUUUUUUUUUUUACAAAAUAUAAAAAUUGACCCAGCAGGAAAAUGUUCUUAACAAAUCUAAAAAUGGAUAAAUAAUUUAUGUAAUACCAAAACAUUUUAAAUCCCUCAAAUUUCUAUAAAAGAAAAAAAAUCACAGAAGAAAAAAUAUUUCAUUAAAUACCAAAUAUAGUUUAAAAAUUAAAAAACAAUCAGAAUUUCAAUAAAGAUAUUUAAUGAAAUGCAAAAAAAAAAUCACCAAAAGUAAAAAUGUGUGUAUGUGUGUGUGUGUCAGAGCUGGAGCUGAGGCAGCGGCGUUGCUCCCUCUCUCCGUCUGCGUUGGUUCUGACCGUCAGGGACCGUCAGGAGCCUCUGGGCAGCGGCGGAGCGACUCUGAACGCUCUGCUGAUGGCGGCCGAACACCUGAGCAGCUCGGCGGGACACACGGUGAGUAAAAACACACCUGAGACGGUCGGACCUGCUGUGAGCAGCUUUAAAUGUCCGUCUGUGUCCCUCAGGUGGUGACGGCUGACGUCCUGGAUGAUGCUCACAUCCUCAUCCUGCACACGGUGAGUCCGCGUGUUUCAGAUGUGGUUUAGAGCUCCUCAGUCCAGGUCCAGGUCCAGUGAGCGUGGUUUUUCCUCCUCAGGGUCGAGAUUUCCCGUGGAGCUCCUGCAGUCGGGCGUUCUGCUGGCUGCCCACAGAGAAACUGGAUCAGAGGGUCCAGGCUCCGGUCUGCUGUCUGGACCUGCUGCUUGACUGCCUCACUAACCAGGUGUGUCACCCUGACCUCCUCCUGUCCAUGGAUCAGAGGGAGCUGGUCCGAGUUAGUUCACGUAUCUCUGUGGUUUCUCCGUGUGGCUGAUGAACUCUGAUGUUUCUCCUCUCAUUGGUGGAUCAGAUCUGUCCCGGUUCUCCUCCUGGGGUUUGGGUCUGCAGCACUGACAUGAUCCUCACCAUCCCCUCCGACUUUGGUGAGUGUCUGCAGCCUGAAAGUGUCUGUUUGAUUCCACUUUGUUUAAAAAGGCCUCAAAUACGAAACUGCUGUUAAAACAUAAAGACCUGCAGGUAAAGGUGAGACAGACCUGUCAGAGACGCCGGCCAAUCAGAAUUCAGUACAGUCUGUGACGUCAUUACAUAUCUGAUUUAUUCUGUGUUCUGCGUGUGUCAGUUCUGUCCUGGGAGGGUUUCUCAGGGGUCCGUGUGCUGGCGUUACCAGGUGACGUCUCCUACGCAGCUGAUCACGGCGUCUACCUGUCCGACCAACAGGUGCUCACCUUCGACUCCUCGUUCAUGUCAAAGUUUCCCUCAUUCUAUUCUAUAUGCUAUACUAGGAGGUUUUUUUUUUUACAUAUUACACUAUAAUAUCUUCAUCAUACUAAACUAUGACAUUUUUAUCGUACUAUACUAUGAUAAUUUUAAACAAACUAUACUUUGACAUUUUUUUUAUCAUACUAUUCUAUAUUUUAGGCAUACUUUCCUGAUUUUUUUUAACCUUCUACACAAUGUCAUUUUUAUUAAAUUAUAAUAGUUUUGAUCAUAUUAUACUGACAUCUUUUGACAUACUAUACUAAGGCAUUUUUUUUAUCACACUACACUAUAUCAUCUUUAUCAUACUAAACAACUAUGGCAUUGUGUCAAUAUUCUAUCCUACGACAUUUUUCAACAAACUACACUUAAACAUUUUAUAACAUACUAUAUGAUGUUAUUUUUUAUAUUAUACCAUGACAUUUUUUAUCACAAUAAACUAUUAAAUGUUGUUAACAUAAUAUCCUAUGACAUUUUUUCUUUUACUUUACUAUAUUUUUAGACAAACUUUACUUUGACAUUUUUUUAUCAUACUAUUCUACAAUAUUUUAAGCGUACACUCCUGAUUUUUUAUCAUACCAACUAUGACAUUUUUUUAACCUUCUACACAAUGAGAUUAUUAUUAUACUAUACUCUAAUAUUUUUGAUCAUAUUAUACUUUGAUGAUUUUUAACAUACUAUACUUAGGCAUUUUUUUUAUCAUACUAUACUAUAUCAUCUUUAUCAUACUUAACUAUGACGUUUUAUAACAUACUACACUGUAACAAUUUAUAACAUACUAUACUAGUACAUUUUUAUCACAACAUACUAGGACAUUUGUUUCAUUCUAAACUAUUACAUUUUGUUAACAUACUAUCUUCUGAUAUUUUUUCUUUUACUUUACUAUAUUUUUAAACAAACUUAACUUUGACAUUUUUUAUCAUACUAUUCUACAAGCAUAGUUUCCUGAUUGUUUUUUUUUACCAUACUAUACUAUGACAUUUUUUUAACCUUCUACACUAUGAGAUUUUUUAUUAUAUUCUACUAUAAUAUUUUUGAUCAUAUUUUACUUUGAUGAUUUUUUACAUCCUUUACUGUAACAUUUUUAUCUUACUAUACUUUGAUAUUUUAAUUAUAAUUAAUGUUUUUUUUAAUACUUUAAUUUGAUAUUUACACUGUAACUCUGAUUUAUUCUUUCAUGAUAGAAACUAAAGUCAUAAAGGUGCGCUUGUUUUCCCUCACAGGGUCAGGUGACGGAUAUCAUCUACAAAGGGUCAAAGGAGCAGAUCCAGCGAGCCGUGAUGCCUGAUGGGAGGGUUCCUCUGGUGCGUCCUCUCCUCUUUAUAACAUUCAGAGUCAUUUUCUAUAAACGAUGUUUCAGUUUCUCGUCGGUCGAACGUUUUCCUUUGUUUUUGUCGUUUUUUCUCUUCUUUAUUUUCUUCUCCUGUCUGUUUUUUUGUGUCCAGGUUUCAGGUCCGGUCUUCUUCAGCAGGUCUGUAUCAGAGAAGUUACUGCAGACUCACGUCACCCCUCCUCUGGACGGAUGCACCUACCUGGGCCUGGACUCUGGAGCUCCGCCCCUUCAGGUGUGUCCAUGGAAACCAGGAAAAACAAACUAAGGUAUGAAGAGACAGGAAUAAGGCGUCUCUCUCUCUCUCCUCAGAUCUCUCUGUUCCUGGACCUGCUCAGGUGUCUCUGCUCAGAUCUGACCCUGGAUCAGUUUGUGGGGGAGGAGAGAGCAGGCUGCAGUUCUGUCAUCGGACCACAGGGGGCAGCAGUGAGGAGCGGCAGGGCGGAGCUGUGGAGGAUCCUGAGAGGAACUCCACUCGCACUCGGUGGGCGUCUUUCACUGCUCAUCUUAUCCUGUUUUAACCCUUUCACAAACUGACCUUUAACCUCAGCGCCGCAGUGACAUCAGAGCUGUCAAUCACAGAGUCGAACCCGUUAAAGAGUCAAAAUACCCGAGUCAUUAAAAACUGAAGACUUGGACGUAAAUCAGCUGACUAUAAUGUUAGAGAGACGGUCAUCUGACCUGGAUUUGAUUUUUAUCAAACUGUACUCUGAUAUUUUUUACUGAACUAUAAUUUUUAAACAUACUUUGAUAUUUUUAAAAAAAUAUACUAUAACAUUUUUAUUGUACUAUACUGUGGUAUUUUUAUCAUACUAUACCAUGACACUUUUACAGUUUUAUACUAUGACAAUUUUAUCACACUAUAUUAUGGCAUUUUUAUCACAGUAUGCUAUGAGUUUUUUUUAUCAUACUUAACUAUAAUUUAUAAACAAACUAUACUCUGACAUUUUUAUCAUGCUGUACCAUGACAUAACAUUACAAUAUGAUAUCAUUUUUAUCAUAGCACACUCUGAUAUUUUUUAUCAAACUACACUGUGACAUUUUGUAAUACUAUACUAUGAUAUUUUCAUCAUACUAUUCUCAUAUAUCAUCACUAUACUAUAUUCUUAGCAAACUCAACAAUAAUUUUUUUGACAUUCUACACAGAGGCAUUUCUUUUCCUACUAUGAAAUAUUUUUUUUGUACUAAAAUAUGAUAUUUUUUUCAUACUAUACCAUGACACUUUUACCAUUUUAUACUAUAACACUUUUAUCACAGUAUACUAUGAUAUUCUUAUCAUAAUUAACUUAUUUUUGAAACAUACAAUACUUGGAUAUUUUUAUCAAAUUAUAGUAUAACAUUUUUAUUGUACUACACUGUGGUAUUUUUAUCAUUCUAUGUUAUGAUCUUUUUAUUAAACCUUACUAUGAUAUUUUUAUCAUAAUUAACUUUAAUUUUCAAACAAACUAUACUUUGAUAUUUUUAUUGUACCUUCCAUGUCAUUUUUAUCAUAGUAUAAUAUGAUAUUUUUAUCAAACUAUACUAUGAUAUUUUAACUAUACUAUACUUAACUAUACCUAACCUAACACUUGUCUUGACCUAACGUAACCCUUACAUUUAGAAACAUUUGAACAUUUUUCCUAAUUUUUUUUCAGCUUAUUGACUUCAAAUAGUCUGAAACGAGCUGAUUUACAGUUUGACCCAUGUCCCAUCUGAUUACAUGGAGGGGGUGGGGCUUAUGCUAUACUUCAGCGGGCCAGCAGAGGGAGCUCAGUCUGUCGGGCAGAGCCUCUGCUGGAUCCUCAGCGGUCAUAUUUUUCUCUCUGUCUCUGCAGCGUACGUCUCCGGUGGUCGCUAUGACUACACCACUCAGUCUGGAAAACAACACCUGGUUUGUCUGAGCCGUGAUUGGUCGGAUAGAAACACUCUGUCGCACAUCCAGGUGAGGCUUAAAGACCGCGGCGAUCAUGGCGUCUCUCUGCGGUCUGACUGACUCUCUUCCUCCUCAGAGAGAGAGCGAGGUGAGCGAGGGAGGUCGGGUCAUCAACAGCGUUCUGGAGGGAGACGUCUCCGUGGCGACCGGUGGGGUUGUGCAACACUGCCACCUACAGGUGAGGAGGUCACUGCUGCUGUUCAGUCGGGUCAUGCAGCUGUACGGGUUCUGAUGUGACCUUUGACCCUCCUCCAGGGUCCUCUGAAUGUCCCGUCAGGCUGUCUGCUGUCGGGUCUGGAGGCGUGGACGUCCCAGAGCGUGAGGCGGCUGAAGCUGGCCGAUGACAUCAUCAUUCAGGGACAGCGCAUCGAGGUGGGGGCGCUGAAGCUGAGCGUGUUCACGGCGGUGGGAGCGCGGGACGAGCUGCAGGUACGAGAGAGAGAAACGCCAAAAUGAAGACGUGGAGCGUUUUUAAAGGAACCUGAAAGACUGUGACCUCCUCCUCCUCCUCCUCCUCAGGUCUCCUCUGAUGACAGCGGCGCCUCCUUCCUAAACCAGACGUGGACCUCCUUCUACAGCAGAACAGGAAUCCAGUAAGACCCGGGUCGGCGUUUUUCAGGUGAACCUUAUUGAUCCAGAUAUCAGAUGGUUUGACGGCGUCUGACCUCCCCUCAGGCCGGAGGAGUUGUGGUCCAGAGGAGAACGGCGCUCCCUCCUGGAGGCGCGUCUCUUCCCGGUCUUCCACCCCAGAGGAGGCGCCGUGGGUCUGGAGGAAGGCGUCAGCUGGCUGCUGGGCGGCGGCGGCGGCGGCUGUCCGCGGAGGUGGAGGGAGGCGUGGAGGCUCUCUCUGAAGGAGGUGAUGUCUCUCACCCAUCAGGAGGCGGAGCUUCAGUGGAGGGAGGAGCUUCUGUUCCUGGCGGGGAGGAGGAGAGUGCGAGACGCUCUGAGGAGGCGCUCAGACGCCUGUCUGCUGCCGUGCUUCAGAGCGGCGGUGCUGGGAGGUCAGCAGGGGGCGCUGCUGGAGACGCUGGACGACAGUGAGUCACUACGACACUCCUCUGUCCUUCUUCACUCUUCUUCUUAAACUUCGUAACUUUCCGAUUUUUCUCCUUUCUUCUCAGUUGCAGCAGGAAGUGGGCAGAAGGGGGCGGAGUCAGGGGUGGAGCUUGGCGUGGCGGCUCGUUGCCUCUCGUGUAUCGCCGAUGUUUUGGUGUGCAUGGCGGGAGGAAAAGGAGGCCUGAGGAGCGGACCUGCUGCGAAUGAAGCUUGGGGCUCCGCCUACUUCCUGCUGGAGGAGGGUGACCUGAGGGGCGGAGUCGAGGCCCUGGCUGCUCAGAGAGCUCAUUGGUUGAGCAGGUACGCCUCUCUCUCACGUUAUUGUUUUGCGCAGGUGUGCAAAAACGAUCGUGUUUUUCUGGUACCGCCCCCUGCAGGCCGGACCUGCUGGUUCGAGCGGCGCGGCACUACGAAGGCGCCGGACAGGUACUCUUACGACAAGCUGUGAUGUCAUCGCAAAGAUUCAUCUCCAUUGGCCAGGGUGAGGUCCCGCCCAUCGAGGAGUGGCAGGAAGUGGAGUGUCCGGCCAGACUGGACCUGGCAGGUGAGUCUGUGUGUGAUGACUCCGCCUACCGGAUCUUUACAGUAUCAAUUCAGUACCUGAGAAUCCUCGCCAUGUUUCAGGCGGUUGGAGCGACACGCCUCCCAUCGCCUUCGAACACGGCGGCUCCGUCACCAAUGUCGCUGUGAAGGUCGAUGGGAAGCGUCCGAUCGGCGCCAGAGCCCGUCGCCUCAGAGAGCCCCGCCUCCUGCUGGUCAGCUUCACUGGGGGGCGGGACAGUGAGGUUUCCACGGAAACAGUGUGUAACAGCUGUGAUGUCAUCGCAAAGAUUCAUCUCCAUUGGCACCCGGUGGGAGGUCCUUAACGUGUUCACGUGUUUGAGCGGCGAGACGAAAAGACGAGUUUCUGAUCCGUGUGUGUGUGUGUGUGUGUGUGUGUGUGUGUGUGUGUGUGUGUGUGUGUGUGUGUGUUCAUGUGUGUGUGUGUGUGUGUUUUCAUGUGUGUGUGUGUGUGUGUUCAUGUGUGUGUGUGUGUGUGUUUUCAUGUGUGUGUGUGUGUGUGUUCAUGUGUGUGUGUGUGUGUGUGUUCAUGUGUGUGUGUGUGUGUGUGUGUUUGUGUUUUCAUGUGUGUGUGUGUGUGUGUGUGUGUUCAUGUGUGUGUAUGUGUGUGUGUGUGUGUGUUUUCAUGUGUGUGUGUGUGUGUGUUCAUGUGUGUGUGUGUGUGUGUGUUCACGUGUGUGUGUGUGUGUGUGUGUGUGUGUUUUCAUGUGUGUGUGUGUGUGU